AUUUAGAAGUUAGAACGAGCAAUAAGACUCUUCCGUUUUUAACUUCUUCCCCCUUUCCUCCUUCGCCAACAAAAAUGGCAUCCGUCUCCUACCUCCAUCUCCACCUCCACGAUCCCGACGACGACGUCGUCGUCCACCAUCACUCUCGCCCUGAUCAAACCCUCACCCUGGAUCCCAUUCCCUACUGGUCCCAUGAAUUCCACUUCUUCUCCUCCGAUCCCGAUGAAUUCUCGUUUCCGGAUGCGCUCGUCGCCGACGGCCUUGAUCUCCUUGAUGACCGGGAGAACCAGGUCAAUUUCGUCAUCGAUCUCCUACACCAGCGCGUCGAGCAAUCCCAGGUAAUAUCCGAUGGUACCACUAGCAGUCAAAACAAUAAUCGUGUCGAAGACGAUAAUGAUAAUGGUAGCAAUGACACAGAUGAUAGUAAUGCUGUUGAUUUGGUCUCCGAUGCAUUAACUGAUCUGGGUUUCGGUGUUAUUGAUGGAACCCAUGAAUUGGAUGUGGAUGAUUUGGAGUUAGAUUUAGGGUUAGGGUUUGGUUCUGUAGAGACACACUAUGGUAAUUCUGGUUUUGUUGUUGAAACUAUUGGUGGCAGUGAUGUUGGUGGUGAUGAUGAUGAUGAUGAUGAUUUCCUUGUGGAGAGGAGCGUUGAGAGGAGGGUUUCACCUUUGGCUUCCAGCGGGGCUGCCUCCGCUGUUGGUGGGGUUGAAGUCGAACUUGAACCCCGCAGGGAAAGUGUUAGGCUGGUUCGCUUUGAGUCAGAUUCAGAGGACGAUGACAAUGGGGCUUUGGCUAUAGAUUUGAAUUCAGUUGAUGAGUAUGGUAUGGAUCAUGUUGAUGGUUAUGAUGAUGAGGAUGAUGAUGCUAGUGUUACCAUUCCACUACGUUUGGAUUCAUUUCAAUUGGAGGAUCGUGGAGAAACAAAUGAGGAUGAGUGGGAGGAAGUGUAUGGUGAUGAGAGGGAAGUUUUUAGUGUGCAUUAUGAUGAUGAGAAUUCUGUUUCUGUUUCCCUUUCAUCCAUCAUUGCACAGGAGGAUGCAGCCAGUGUUGAGAGGGCAUCAGGAAUAGGGAAUUUUGGAUGGCAGGUUUUGUUGCAUUCAAAUAAUGUGGAGACAAACCCAGAAAUGGGUGAUAAUGCUGAGCUAUAUUUUGGUGAUCCUGAUGAUUAUAUUCAUACAUCAGAAUACGAAAUGUUCGGGCAAUUUUUGGAGAACGAAAAUGCAUUCUUGGGAAGGCCUCCAGCUUCUAAAUCUGUGGUUGAGAAUCUUCCAUCAGUGGUUGUGACAAAAGAGGAUGUGGAUUGUAACAAUGCGCAAUGUGCAGUUUGUAAGGAUGAGAUCAAUAUUGGAGAAGAGGUGAAGCAGCUGCCUUGUGCCCACCGUUAUCAUGGUGAUUGCAUUAUACCCUGGUUGGGAAUAAGGAAUACCUGUCCUGUUUGUCGUCAUGAGUUGCCUACUGAUGAUGCCGAAUAUGAGAGGAGGAGGACUCGUAGGGCUGGUAGGGCUGGUCAUGUCCUGUAACAGUAAUUUUGGGUGCAUCACAUGUCAUUUUGAAGGUUUUAUUGAUCAUUAGGAGGUUAAGAAUGUAGAUACUGUUGUUGGAGAGACACAACAUGUCUGUGAGUUUUAAUGAGACUGUUCACAAUUUCAUAUCAUAUGUUUUCUCUUUUUUUUUUUCUUUUUUCUUUUUUCUUUUUUUGGGUGAGAGUAAGAGAAUGUUUGACUAUUGUGUUGCACUCUUGAGGGUUUUUUUUGUUUAAUAAUAUAGUUACCAAUAAUUU